AUGUCUUCCAGAGUAGCUGGGUCGUACAAGAAGGCGCACACGCUGGAGGCGCGCCUGCGCGAUGCGGAAAAAGUCCGUGAGCGUGCCCCCGAUCGCAUUCUCGUGAUUUGCGAGAAGGCGGAAAACUCACCCGUUCCUGAUCUGGACAAGAGCAAGUUCUUGGUACCGCCGGACGCGACUGUUGGCGGCUUUCUCGUGAGCAUCCGUCGUCGCAUCACCAUGGAGGCCGAGAAGGCGCUCUUUCUCUUUGUGGGUGACAGCGUUCCGGCAAACAGCACUCUCAUGAGCGACCUCUUCAAUCGCUAUAAGGAUGAGGACGGGUUCUUGUACGUCACGUACUCUGGCGAGAACACGUACGGCUGGCGGGGUCUGCACUAG